CGCUGAUUGGCCAGCGAGUUCAUCCGCCGAUCGUUGGAAUUGUCUCCGAACGCCUUUCCGCUUUCCACAGCCCUCGCGUCCUCUUCUUCGCUCUGCUACCCAGCUACGACAAAAUUCAAGCCAUUGACUGCGCCGCUGCCUGGCGCAUGCCACAUAUGUUCCAGAAUUGAGGUUCUUGACUGCGCUACGGGAAGCCUGCGACCGAAAAUCCACACCUUCGGUCGCGACACUACCCCAGAGUCAUCGAGCCGGGUGCCUGAUUAGCUCUUUCCCGAUCACAGUGGAUAGGGUUUUCACCUUUCGUGCAUUUGACCGGUAUUUAAAGGCGGGCCACUACAUUUCUUGCCAUUAAUCCAUAGCCAUGGCAUCGCUUGAGGAGGAUGAGGAUCGCGACCUGGCAGGCUCCCAGGACGGCAGCUCCGACAAUGAGAUGGAAGAUGCUAUGCGCGGCAUAGAUGACGGAGAAGGGGACAACGAGCCGGAUGCCGAUGUCGAUGGCGAUCAAGAUCAGGACCAGGAUCAGGACCAAGAACCAGACAGCCCUUCAAAUGCCAGCCAGGCUUCAGAUGGUGCGGGUUUAGCUUCUCAGCCCAACCAAGACACCACAAACAUGACAUCCCCGGGGAAUGCAGAGAACUCCGCACUAGAGUCAUUCUCAAUCUACCAUCCAAGCGUUCGCCCCGAGUGCCUCACAGCCAAGACCUACGACAUUGUCCCUACCACGGCCGCGCCACAUAGUACGUCCAUCAACACCAUAACGGCGACGGCAGAUAUGCGCUGGGUAUUUAGUGGAGGCUCAGAUGGAUACGUGCGCAAGUUUAACUGGGCAGACUCGAUCAACAGUAAGCUCAUGUUGACGGUCGCGCAACGCCAUCCUUUUGUGGAUAGCGUGGUAAAAGCUGGAGUCUACAUGACUUACUGGGAAAACAUGGACGGAAACAAUAUAUCGCCGGUCUACUCGUUGGCAUGCCAAAGCGAAGGCAUGUGGCUGCUUGCGGGCUUGGAGUCUGGGACCAUCCGAUUACAGACCCUCCGCCACGACGAAGGCAAAGACAUAGCGCUACUUCGACAGCAUACCUCGGCUGUCUCAUCAUUGAGUCUCACCUCCGAUGAGCAAUCUCUGCUGUCGGGAAGCUGGGAUAAACGGGUUUUCGAUUGGGACUUGAAUACGGGGCAGGCCCGCCGGGCAUUUGGGGGAAGCGCUGGUCAGAUCUCUACUGUGCAAAUUCGACCCGAAUCUUCCCUGCCCAUUCCAUCUGAUACGAUUGAUUUCUUGCAAACAAAUGGUACCUACUCGUCCAACUAUGAAGCGACCGGUACGGACAACUUCAAUGCCAUGGACACCACUCAAGAUGCUGGAGAAGCAGGCGCCCCUGAGAACCCGCAGGCGGGUUCCCCAACAGAUUCCUUGUUUGGAGGCGCAGAUUCUUUAUUUGGGGAUGCAGAUGGGGGGGCAGCGGAUGGCAACGAACCGUCUGGAGGCGUAUUUGGAGUCGACGAAGAUGAUGAGUUUGGCCGUGCUCUUGCAAAUGGCGUUCUCGCCGAUGCUGGCGCGACUGACGGAAUGGAUGCCAACUUGCCACAGGCUGAUUCCGCGUCACAAAUGCAGGCCGCACCCACAGAUACAAAUGCCAACCCUGAUGGAUCUGUUGUGACACAAGACGCGACGAGGGAUAUUCCGCCCGACGCGUCUGAACCCGUUGUCAAUGGACUUCCAAAGGCUGAAGACUUGGAAGCCCAGUCAUCCGGCUAUGAUAUCUCGCAGGCUGUACAGACAGAGCAGACGCCGGAGUCGGACACUACAUUUUUGGCUGCAUCUAUGGACGGUACAAUUCGAGUGUGGGAUCGACGACAGCCCGAUCCAGUAGCUCGAAUUACCCCUCGCAAUGUUCCACCCUGGUGUAUGAAUGCAUGCUGGUCUCCAGAUGGAAACUAUAUAUAUGCGGGACGAAGAAACGGCACGGUAGAGGAAUACAGCCUCCACAAAGGCCUCAGGGAAUCUGAACGAACAUUCAAGUUUCCUCAGGGCAGCGGUCCAGUCACAGCUCUCAAGGCGAUGCCGAAUGGCCGCCAUCUCGUCUGUGCCUCCCACGAUAUUCUGCGUCUCUACGACCUGAGACACGAACAAUCUUCCCGACACUCGACGGUGCCAUUCUUGAUCAUUCCGGGCCACCGCACCGGAACUAUCUCCCAGCUUUACGUUGACAACGCCUGCCGCUACAUGAUCUCCACCAGUGGGAACCGUGGCUGGGAGGGGAAUUCCACGGAGGUUCUCUUGGGAUACGAAAUUAGUGUGCCUCAAUGACCUGGACUAGCCAAACCUUCCGAUGCUGCCAGUUUUUGACCCCGAUAUCCUCCACGACUUGUACGAUCUUUGAGUAGUAAAUAAUAAAUUAUCACUGUACUGUGGUGGGCCGAAUGUUACGGCCAACCAUCAAACAAAAUAGAUCCAAUUGAAGUGACUAUUGUGCAUGUGUCCGUGGAAACACUAGAUGAUAUCUCAGAUGAUAAUGCAUAGACCCAACGCCAUGAUCCAGACCGGUAUCGCGUAUGUACAAGUAAACCUUCGUUGCUUCAAGCCCAAGUAGUCCCAAGUAAAUCGUUACUCAUAAAAGAAAUCGUCGUCAAAUUCUAGCCCUUCACAGACUUCAUGUUGCUGCGCCCGCCAGGCUCCAAAUAGCGGGUUUCCAGCCCAUUUAACCUGACCAUCGCGAUCGUUUUCGAAAUAUACAUAUCCUGGCAACUCGCCAGUUCCAUCAAAGUCGGCCGGCCCAAUCACAAGGUUGCCAAAUCCAGGUAGAUCAGCAUUGGGCACGUGGGUCCGGGUCUGGACUCGUCCGCCAUCGACAUUAUUGACAGUGAUCAAGUAGACAGGUGGCAAGGUCUCGUCACGAUCUGGACGGAGAGACAUGGGAGUCCAUGCCUCAUUGGCGUAGGACUCUGGGCGACUCCAAUCGUGUAAAAGUGGAAGUGGCUGUGAUAAGAUUACCUGAUCCAAUUUUUCCGUGUCCAUGAUCAAGCCUGGAGACUGAAGGUAUAAUACGCUAUCGUAUUGCAUGAACUGGAUUUGUCCCAGACGCAGCAGUUUCGUGUCAGACAUUGUGUAUCCAGCGUUGAGGGCGACGCUGAUAUCAAUCGGUAGCAGCCAGAUACCAUAUUUGAUGCUGGCAGCGCGUAAGAUGGACAAGGCUAGCGAGCCAGCCUUUCCAAGGCUUUUUGCAGACAUGCGAUCCCACUCUUCGGGAUACAUGAACAGGCGAUCUGGGAUGACAGAGCCAUUCGUGGCGAGUUGUUUGAAAAAGAGCACAGCGGAACAGAUAUCAGAAGGGUCAGGCUUUGACAAUAGCUGUAAGUAUGCAUAAUUCCCCUUUGAGCCCGAGGCAACACCCCGGCUUCCUUGAAGCACUUCUUGAUCGCCCGUUAACCCCAGAUCCGAGUCUGAUAGACCACGUUUGUGCGCGGGCUUCUGGAAUGUCGAUCCGGAUGAUCCGCGCCCUACAAUCGGUGGACCAUCAGAAGACUUGCGCAGUGCAUGCUGAAUAUUCUUUACCGAAUUUUGUUGUAACACGUAGCCCGAAACAAACAGUAACAAAGUAAAGAUGCCGACUACCCCCAUCGACACGAUUGCAGAGACGGUCGAGGAUGUGAGGAGCACCAUUGUCGCGGGAUGGCAGGCGACAUGGAAGGAAUGGAAUGGAUGGAUGAGAUUGGAAUGUCAACCAUGCAUGACGGCCCGUAGACUCUCUUUUCGAUGUCUCGGACGCAGCCUUG